ACAACACCAGAGAGAUUCAUAUGAGUUCUUUGCAGAGAUAAACGAUGACAACAACUUUAAAACAGGCUUUAAAAACCCACUUUGGGUUUGACAACUUUCGGUCCAAACUACAGGAAGAUGUUGUCAAAGCAGUCCUCAAAGGCGACAGGGAUGUGUUUGUGUGCAUGCCCACUGGAGCAGGAAAGUCCCUCUGUUACCAGCUGCCUGCAGUCCUGGCUGAGGGCAUCACUCUGGUUAUAUCCCCGCUAAUCGCUCUCAUUCAGGACCAAGUCGACCGCCUGCAGAGUCUGAACAUCCCUGCCUGCUCCAUCAACUCCAAGCUCCCAGCAGGCGAGCGCAGCCUGAUCCUGGCUGACUUAAGGAGCAGCAGUCCCAAGCUAAAAAUGCUCUACAUCACUCCGGAGAUGGUGGCCUCUCCUUCGUUCCAGCCCUGCCUGACGGACUUGUGCUCCCGCGGCCUGCUGUCUUACCUGGCUGUGGACGAGGCUCACUGCGUCUCCCAGUGGGGACACGAUUUCAGGCCAGACUACCUCAAACUGGGAAAGCUGCGUGGUCGCUUCCCGGGGGUUCCCUGUUUGGCUCUGACGGCGACCGCGCCAAAGAAUGUAAAAGAGGACAUUAUUCAGUCCCUGACGCUACGCUCGCCGUUGUCUUUUGUGACACCUGUCUUCCGCAGUAACUUACACUACGAUGUGAUCUUCAGGGAGCUGCUGCCAAACCCCUACGCCCACCUCUACGCUUUCAUUCAGAAGGCACUGGCACUGGACAGCAGCUCUGACAGACAGGGUUGUGGGAUUGUGUACUGUCGGACCAGGGACGGCUGUGAAACAGUGGCUCACCAGCUGACCAAGCAUGGAGUCUUGUCCAAACCUUAUCAUGCAGGCCUGAGGACAGGAGAUCGCACAGAGACCCAGAAUGAGUGGAUGCAGGGGAAGGUGCUGGUUAUUGUAGCCACCAUCAGCUUUGGUAUGGGCGUAGACAAGGCCAAUGUCAGGUUUGUAGCUCACUGGAACUUUGCUAAGUCCCUCGCCAGUUACUACCAAGAGUCUGGGCGAGCCGGGAGAGACGGGCUGCCUUCCUCCUGUCGUACAUACUACUCCCCGAGAGAUAAGGAGCAACUUAACUUCCUCAUCCGCAAGGAGGUUGCCCGCAAACAGAAAAAACGUGGCUCUGCAAAGGACGUGGACAAAUCCGCCAUUACAGACUUCGAUGCCAUGGUGUCGUACUGUGUUCAAGAAGCUUGUCGCCAUGAAACCAUCUCCAAGUUCUUCGGGGACAAGACGCCAAACUGUGUGGGCGCCUGCGACUACUGUCGUGACCCCAAAGCCGUGCGCGCCCAGCUGGAGAAGGCGAGUGCCCUCAGCACCAAGACCGAAGCUCAGAGCAAUGCGCCCUCGGGACCGUUCGGUUUCCUGCCGGGCUUUUAUGAAGGAGGAAAGAAGGGCUACGGCUUUGAAAGGUUUGAUGAAGGGGACACCAGUAGUGGUGAAGACGAUGGCUCAACGAGGAAAAAGGAAUUUUCCAACCUCUUCAAGAAGCAGAUGAACAUGCGGAAGAGUCAGAAGGAAGGCUUUGUUGCCCCAGAUGCUGACUGCCAACUCAGAGAGGCCAGCAGUCAGAGGAUCCCUAAACUCACUGUUAAGGCCAGAGAGCACUGCUUGUGCCUCUUGCAGGAAGCAUUAUACAGCCACCAGAGGGCAGAAGACGCAUUCAAUGACACCCAGUCUUUAGCGGUGGAUAUCGAACACGGGGUCUUCAAGAGCAGCAAGUCUUCCAACUUGUACAAAGGUGCUCUCCUAAAGAAGGUCUCGGAGCUGAAGAGGACAGCACCUGGAGAAAAAGGAGACGCUGUGAAGACUGCCGGCAGCAGUGAACCCAGAGAAAAUGAGUCAAAAGUCAAAGAGGAAGCACCCUCCUCCUCUUCUUCCUCCUUUUCUGAGGAGCUGCAGGGGUUCACAUCUGCAUCUGAAAUCUACUCGAUGAAGCGUAAGAGAGUCGGAGCAGGCCUGAGGGGAUCCUCCAACCCCUUCAUGACUGCUAAGGAUCUGCUAAAGCCCUCCAUGUUGGAGUCUGUGUCUAACAAAGGGACAGAGAGCGGCGGGUUUCACAACGACAGCUCAGGAAGCUCUGGAGAGACAAACGAAGAUGCAUCUGUGGCUUUAACAUCGUCCAUCAGAGCCGUCGCCGCCUCCCUGAGUAGCCCGACGAAGGCGGGCAGGGCCGUGAGCAAGAAGCAGCAGAAGCUAGCUGAAGCGGCAAAGAGCUCUCGCAACAUUUUGCAAUACUUUGCGAAGAAAGAAACGCCGGAGGAAAGCCAAGAGGAGGCGGAGAUGCUGCCGGGACUCGAUGAUAUGUUUUCUCAUACCACCAUGGUGGUCGCUGAAGAAAUCCAACACUCACCUAUCACUGUGGAAGACGUAGGAAUGAGUCCUGUGGAGACUCAGGACGUGAUGCAAGAAGAAAGUAAUAACGAACUAAUAGUUAUACCUGAUGAUGACGAUGAAGAUGAAGAUGAAGAGGAGGAAACACAUAAAACAGAGACGUUGGCGCUGAAGUGGCUUCAAGACGCCUCUAAAGAGUAUAUGAAGUCCACUGCAGAACAAAACAAACCAGAGGAAGCAGCUGAACCACCUCCGACACAAGAAUUGACAGAUGAUAUAAAAGCAAACGGAGAGUCGUCUCCUCCAGUGAAGCGCAGCCGCCCCGUAGAAAGAAGAGUAACCUUCAACCCCAAUGUGCAGGAGCGGGCCCUGCUCUCCGCCAACGAGCCCCCCACGCCCGUGACGCUGAAGGAAGCGGCUGAUAUCGUGGUCCGCUACCUGGACCCCUUUUACACGCAGGGAAAGUUUGCCACAAAGGAGCUGUUUAAGUCCUUUGCUCGCUAUUUAUCUCACCUUCUCGCAGAGGGGAGGAGUCGGGGGAAAGGCCAAGUUAAAGCAGAAGCCAAAGUCAUCAUCAAGAAGUUCUUCAACAAAGUCGGACGCUGUGAGAGCGAAGCAGACUGGAAGCACCUUAAAAGACCGCAGAGCUGUAAAACCACAGAGAACCAGGAAUGAUGGGAAGUGGAAAUGUAGCCAUUUUUAAGGGUCAAGCCCUUCUUCUUUUGUCAGUGCCUACGCUUCUCUCCUCCCAGUGAACUCACGCUUCACCACAGACGCCUGCUGACGAGGUUUAUGGUUGAUGUUCUGCUUUUUUCCCGGUUUAUGUCAAUAAUUAAGCUAUAAUAUGUGAUACUGUUACCGCCUGAGAGAGCAGAGAUAAAACUGUGUGCAUACGGAUAUGACUGGUGUUGUUCAUGUUUCAGCCCUUUAACAGAAAUGUGUGUACACUUUACUUAUUACAUGCUUUGUUCAUCAAAUACGUAGUCUUCUACAGGCAGCGAUUGGUCUUCGUUUAUUUCACUACAGAAUGGCUCUUCUGUAGUACUGCACUCUUCUUUUCUUUAGGUUAAUAAUAUCACACUUAAAUCUUCAGUAAAACAUGUAACAUGCAAGUUGAUUUGCAUAAUGAGCUGAAAAUAUGAAAACCAGAGGCGGGUUGGAAUAAACAAGACUAUAAGUGUCUAGAGCCACGCUAGGUUUUUCAGUCUGGACUAAUGUGGCGGACGGAGCGACAGACUGCUAGCAUGGCAUUGUGGAAAUGUUUGACAGUAAUGUGAAGAACUUUGGGAUAAAACAUACGAGAAACUGGAUCGAUGUUUAAAUAUUUGACAUAAAGCAGACGGUUCUGUGUUGAAAGGUAUUUUUCUUGCUGCUACAUAUUUUGUCUUUGACUGCAGAACAAAGAACAUUGUGACUGGACAUCAGUGGUAUAUACGGUAUGAUAUGAAACUGUCCUGUUGUGUGUGUGUGUGUUCUUGAUUUAAAGAUGGACCACAUUUCUAAUCUUUGGUUAUGUCUCUUGGUUAAGGGAGAUUAUUUUGCAAAAUGUUUUUAUUUUCUUUCUUUUAUUAGCAAUGUGGUUUCCAAUGAGGGAAAGGUUCCUUAGUUAUAAUGCCUGUCUGUCUGUCAGGGCUGUGAGAGGCCACCGUCUCUGUCUCCACAGUCAGGAGGCAACCCAAAGAGUACUGGAAGCACUGAUGGACACAGAGGCCUGGCUGUGCAGUCUGAACAGCCACAGUCUGUGUACUCUUUGCUCCUAAAUGUUUACAAUAAAGUCUAUGCUGAAUAGGACAAA